CAUGGAUGCCAUACACGAAAAUGGUUUUUGUAAAAUUUGCCUUGAUAUUUCUACUGAUAGGCGAAGGCAGUGCUAAAGUGAAUCCGCACGGACCGACAGUUGUUAACGAUUUAGCCAGUUGUGUUACUAAUGUCAUCGAAAUAAACUUCAAGAGGCCGGGCAUACUAGUUUUUGCGAACACGAACAAUUUCAGCACGUCAGUUUCAAGAAUAAGGUCCCAGCUGUUAUCAUACCUUCAUGAGGAUAUUAAAUACUCUAUUGAGAUUACGAGUCCUGACGGUCAAGAAACGAUUUGUGGUGAAAAUAAUGAGUAUGAUAUUGGUGUAUUGCAUAGAGACCACUUCGAACCGGUCAUUGAAGCAGAUUACUAUGUCUUAAUCAUUGACGAUUAUAAAGAUUUCACUGGCUUAGCUAGCAAGAUUAUUCGGUCACGCAGAUGGAACUCUAGAGCCAAAUUUAUAGUACUGUUACUUAAUUUUGCAAGAAUUCAGACGAAUGUUAAUUAUGUAGAAAGAAUCAUCACUUGUCUGUAUAAUUUUUAUGUCUUGGAUAUAAUUAUUAUUUUGCCACAUGAAAGUAACAUUCGCAAUGCGUUGAUCUAUGGAUGGCGAGCGUAUGAACCCCCGAAAUAUUGUGGUUAUUUCAACGAGACUGCCAAAGACAGAUCGAUACUAAUAAACACAUGCGAGAAGGGGCGAUUGAAAAAUAAUGUCAGUGUAUUUCCUGAUCAAAUACCGAAGAGUAUGAAAGGAUGCAUACUUCACAUUCUUGCUUUGAAACGAGAACCUUUUGUCAGCGGAAACGAAAACGAGUUCAACAUGGAAGAAUAUCUUGUCAAUGAGGUGUUCAAAACUUUUCACUUUACAGUUGAAUAUGAUGUCAUACAUUCCUUCAGAGGAGAGAGAUAUGACGGAGAGUGGAACGGCGCUUUAAAACUGUUGUCAAAUAAAAGAGGACAUAUUCUGUUAGGGGGAAUAUUCCCCGAUUUCGAUGUUCAUGAAGAUUUUGAGUCGAGCACGUUCUAUUUAUCAGACUCGUACACUUGGGUCGUACCGCGAGCGCCUGCCUCACCACGCUGGGUCGCUCUAUUCAUAAUCUUUUCUAAUUUUGUUUGGUUAUGCGUCUGUAUUACUUUCUUAAUAUGUGUGAUGUCCUGGAUCUUUCUGGGUUUUUUAAGUAGGGACACAUCUUACAAUAGGUAUUUUGGUCAUUGUUUUCUUAAUUCAUGGGCUUGUACCUUGGGAUUUUGUUCCUACAUCCGCCCAAAGAAGGAAAGUCUGAGACUUUUUUAUGUGUUUUUUAAUUUAUAUUGUAUAUUAAAUUUGACCGCUUACCAAACUAAGCUGAUUGACGUAUUGAGGAAUCCAACUUUCGAGUAUCAGAUCAAAACAAUAGAAGAGCUGCUCUCGAGUGGUCUUAGCUUCGGAGGCGCUGAGGAUUUGCAUGACUUAUUUUAUAAUUCUAGCGAUUCCUUCGACAAUUUGAUUGGGGAGCGAUGGGUGGACGUGGAUGACAUUCGUAUAGCUUUGAUAGACGUAACAGUUCACAGAAAUUUUUCGCUGCUGUGCAGUAGGCUUGAGCUCACUCAUAUGUCAGCCAUAAUGCCGGAACUAAGCGAUAGUUUUGGUAACUUGAAGUAUUACGUGUUUGAUCAGAGUAUGUUCACGGUUCCGAACGAGAUGGUCGCUCGUCGAGGGUUCCCUUUCAUGCAGGAUAUUUCCCAGAGAUUGAGCGCGUUAAGGCAGAGCGGCGCUAACGCUGGAGUUAGAAGGUUAUUCAAAAGUUUCAAUGCAAGGAGAAGGGCCAAAUUGCUUCGAUCUAUAACGAGUACAAGCAAAAGUAAUGGGCUUUCUAUUCAACAUUUACAAGGAGGAUUUUUAGCUUUAGCCUUAGGUUACGUGAGUGGCACCUUUGUUUUAUUUGUAGAGGUUGUUUACAGCAGUAAAAUUCUUAAUGCUAAGAUAUUGGAAUGGCGCAGGAAAAUUUCUAAAAUAAUGUAAACAAUAUACAAAUACAUAUACAUUAUACAUUAUACAUUCGCACAGCGGUAGUUGGGAACAAUGGGUAUUUAUGUGAUAAAAAGUAUAAAAUAAUAAGUGCCUCAAUUAUGUCAUCACCUUGAUCAGAUGAAUCGUUAGAUUACAAUGUAGGUACCUAUAUAUCGUAGGACUUUGGAACUUUAUAUUACACUGUAAACGGUUGUCAGGCGCCAAGUCGAUCGUUAACUCCUAUUUCGUUCGAUUGAGAUACAUACAGUUACUGUCCUCUGAAGUUUACAGCGGACUGAAAUCAGUUGAUGAAAAUCUAGUAACUCGUUUUUUUUAUAUACCUAACUACUUUUAAUCUUAACUUUUUUUAUUUAGUAGUACCAUAAUAGAGAAAAAAAUUUAGCAUAAAAAAGUGCUUUACGAAGUUUUGAUUUUGAACACAGUAUCACUCGGUUUUUUUCCUUUUCGGGGUAGGCAAACUCAGGUGUCUGAAGAAGGCUCGAAGUCAAAGUUUAGUUGGGUCUGGGCUAAGUUGUGGAAUUGAUAGUCGGAAAUAGUGAUGGAUUUCUGACCUAGCCUCUAUGAGGGGAUAUAAAAAACAUUCAUCAUUCCUUUUUCGUCAGAAUAUAUUGGCAUUUUUUUGAGGACAACAUAAAUAUAUAUAAGGACACACAGAUUGAGCUAGUCCCAAAGUAAGUUCGAGACUUGUGUUAUGGAAUACUAAAUCAACGAUACUAUAUUUUAUAACAAAUACAUAUAUAGAUAAACAUCCAAGACCCGGGCCAAUGAGAAAAAUAUCAUUUUCCAUCAUGACCCGACCGGGGAUCGAACCCGGGACCUCUCGGUUCAGAAGCAAGCACUUUAUCACUGCGCCACCGAGGUCGUCAAACAACACCAACAACGAACUUCCUCUUUAGACUGAAAAAGGAAUCCCUAGUUAAUAGUCCGUCUCACCCGAUGAGAAGCACGAUUGUUGAAGAAAAUGUAUUAUUAUGUAGAUUAUUAAAGACAA